GGAUGCGCCAGCCGUCUCCACUGGCGGCGCGCGCUGCCGCCCCCGGGCGUGAGGCAGCGCAAGGGUUAAGGCCGUCGGCGCCACCUGGGCGCCGCUGAGGAGACCCACGAACCGGCGAAUCGCGCGCUGGCGCGGCUAACAGGUGCCCGUGCGCGUCAGGCGCCGGCAAGGGGCGGGGAGAGGGGGCGCGGCCGGAAGCCCCGGGCGGGGUGCGGCCGGCCGGGUGCACUGGAGGAGCUGAGGUAGUCAGGAAGGAGCUCGCCGGGCUGCGCGGCGCGCGAUGUGGAGCCACCGCCUCGGCCCCUGCAGCAGCCGCUGUCGCCGCCGCUGCUGCUGGGGCUGCCGCCGAGCCGAGGGACAUGGAGCGCGGCUGCAGAGAGCGGCCACCGGCAGCAGCAGCAGCAGCAGCGAGCGUCGCAGCGACAGCGGAGCGCCGCCCGCCCCGUGAGGCGCUGCCCGGCCGGCGGCGGCAGCGGGAGCAGCAGCAACAGGGUGGUUGAAAAGCCGGCGGCGGCGUUCCUCCUCGCAACCUCCCCUCCCGCUUCGCCUCCCCUCAGUCUUCGCUUUCUCAGCCUUCCUUUUGCCACCCCCUCCUCCUCCCCAGCGCUCGCGGAGCAGCUGAGCCCGGGGGCGGGGGAAGGGGGCGCGUGCCGCCGGCGCGGGGGAGGGGCGGGGCGGCGCACGCCGCGCCCAGGGCUCUCGGAGACCCGGGGGGCGCGUGCCGCGGCGUGAGGAGAGGCGCGGGGCGGUGCGACGGGGCCCCUCCCCCUUGCAGCCUGGCGCGCGCCGGCCGGGCCGCACCGCUGCGGGCUCCGCGCGCGCGGGCCAUGUCCGCCUUCUGCCUGGGCUUGGCUGGCCGCGCUUCAGCACCCGCCGAGCCGGACAGCGCCUGCUGCAUGGAGCUGCCCGCCGCGGCCGCGGACGCAGUCGGGAAUCCAGCCGCAGCCGCCGCCGCCGCCCUUGUCUCCUUCCCCGGGGGCCCCGGGGAGCUGGAACUGGCGUUAGAGGAGGAACUGGCGCUGCUGGCGGCCGGGGAACGGCCGUCCGACCCCGGAGAGCAUCCUCAGGCCGAGCCCGGGCCUCCAGCCGUGGGGGCCGAACUGCAGCCGCCGCCCGCCCAGGAUCCCGAGCUGCUGUCGGUGAUCCGGCAGAAGGAGAAGGAUCUGGUCUUGGCGGCCCGACUGGGCAAGGCACUGCUCGAGAGGAACCAGGACAUGAGCCGGCAGUACGAGCAGAUGCAUAAGGAGCUGACAGAUAAGCUAGAGCACUUAGAGCAAGAGAAACACGAACUUAGAAGACGAUUUGAGAACCGAGAAGGGGAGUGGGAAGGGCGUGUGUCCGAGCUGGAGAGUGAUGUGAAACAGCUUCAGGAUGAGUUGGAGAGGCAGCAGGUUCAUCUACGGGAAGCAGAUCGAGAAAAAACACGGGCUGUCCAGGAAUUAUCAGAACAGAACCAAAGGUUAUUGGAUCAACUCAGCAGGGCAUCAGAAGUUGAGAGACAGCUAUCCAUGCAAGUCCAUGCCCUCAGAGAAGACUUUCGGGAGAAAAAUUCAUCAACCAACCAGCACAUCAUCCGACUCGAAAGCCUUCAGGCCGAGAUCAAGAUGCUGUCGGAUCGGAAACGGGAGCUGGAGCACCGUCUCAGUGCCACCUUAGAGGAGAAUGACCUGCUCCAAGGGACUGUGGAGGAGCUACAGGACCGGGUGCUGAUCCUGGAGAGGCAGGGCCAUGACAAAGACCUCCAGCUGCAUCAGAGCCAGCUGGAGCUCCAGGAGGUACGGCUCUCCUACCGACAGCUGCAGGUGAAGGUGGAGGAGCUCACCGAGGAGAGGAGUCUGCAGAGCUCUGCAGCCACCAGCACGUCCCUCCUGUCUGAAAUAGAGCAGAGCAUGGAGGCCGAGGAGCUGGAGCAGGAGAGAGAGCAGCUGAGACUGCAGCUCUGGGAAGCCUACUGCCAGGUUCGCUAUCUCUGCUCACACCUUCGAGGAAAUGACAGCGCUGACUCGGCCGUCUCCACGGACUCCUCAAUGGAUGAGUCUUCAGAAACGUCGUCUGCCAAGGAUGUACCAGCAGGCAGCUUGCGCACUGCUCUAAGCGAGCUCAAGAGACUGAUACAGAGCAUUGUGGAUGGCAUGGAGCCCACGAGCUCCCGGAGAAUUGAUGAUGACUCCUUAGAAGAACAAAUAAGGCAGACCAGUGAGGAUUCGAGAGCCCUAAGGGAACUCAUGGAGGGAGAGAGGGGUAAACUGAGGCAAAGCCUAGAAGAGCUGCAGCGGCUCCACAGUCAGGUGACACUGCUGAGUGUGGAGAUGACUGCGUUGAAGGAGGAGAGAGACCGACUCAGAAUGACAUCUGAGGACAAGGAACCAAAGGAGCAGCUUCAGAAGGCCAUCAGGGACCGGGAUGAGGCCAUCGCAAAGAAGAACGCUGUGGAGCUGGAACUCGCCAAGUGCAAGAUGGACAUGAUGUCUCUGAACAGCCAGCUACUGGAUGCCAUUCAGCAGAAACUGAACCUCUCACAGCAGCUUGAGGCUUGGCAGGAUGACAUGCACAGGGUCAUUGACCGACAGCUGAUGGACACGCACCUGAAGGAACAGAGCCGGCCUGCUGCUGCCCUCUCCAGGGCCCACGGCUCGCGGCGUGGCGAUGAGCCCAGCACCGCUGAAGGCAAACGGCUCUUCUCAUUCUUCAGGAAAAUUUAAACUGGGAGGAGUCAGGCCAGCAAGGAUGGGCGCACUGGAGGCGACUGAAAAGGGGGCAUGGGCUGGGGCCCAGCGCACCAUGUGUGCACGCCAGACCCCACCCCCCGGCCAGGCUCAGCGGCCGCACUGCCCACCCGCACAGGGGCCAAGUCGUCCAGGACGGCCCACUCGACCUCUGAAGGCUGCUCUCAACAGAGGGACAGGCAGGAGCCUUGUCCCCACUGCCUGGCCACACCCAGCCUGGGCUUCCCUGGGAUCCGCUGCUGUUGAGCGGGGCUCAGGCUGCCUCCAGAGUGGCCCCUUGGUUGGGCUCUGCUGCUCAGACCUGAUGGAUCACAGCCCACCCUGCCUACCCCUCAAUGACUCCCAUGCCCAACCCCAAGCACCGCUGCCCUUCUGCUUUGGAAUACGGGGAAUGGAAGAAAUGGAGGCCCUUUCUGCAUGCCUCAGGAGGCCCUGGCUGCCCCCAGCUGGUCUGAGCCACGGGGGCCUAGUCCUGCAGGGCACCAGGCCCCAGCCUGAACCCCACCCUCCAGCAACCCUUGGCCCAGGGAGGAGGCGGGCCCUCACCCACGUGCAUGCACCGCUGCUGGAGCACCUACGGGCCAGGAGCCCCAGCCUGCGGGGCCUGACGGCCGGGGCUGUUCUCGCACUCGGCCACAGCGGGCCCUGCCGGGGCUUGGCUGAGGCCACCCCGAGCCUAAGAGGAAGAAGGGCAGUGCCCCGGCCCCCGCCACUGCUGCCCUCCCUCCCCCACGCCCUCCAGUGCAGGCCUUCCUCCUCAACGGGGCCCUCUGCAGGCUUAGCCCUCUCCCCUUCCUGGCACCAGGGCUGAGAGGGGUCUGCUCCUCCCACAGGCCCCUGGCACCCCUUACACAUACAAGUUCAUGGCCAAGCAAGUCCAGGCCACAGAAUGGCUCCGGAGGGGUCUGUGGUCAGCCACUCCACCUCAAGGGCAGUGUUGGCACCAUGGGGUGGACACCUCCAGAUGCUGCCCACCAGGCCCACAGAAGGACCAACCCGGCGACCCAACUCCUGAUCCUUCCUCAGCGACCACUUCACCUUCUCUGCUGAGGCCCCGACUCAGAGGCGCCCGGACUGAGCCAGACCACAAGCCGCUUUACAAAGGAUCGUCUCCCUCCCUCACACGGGAAAAGCACAGCAGGGAUGAGUGGAAAGAAUGUACCUAUAGAUAUGUACAUACCACAGUGCUGUAAUUUUGUAUGUAGCAAUCAUGUAAAUACAUGUAUGGAUUUUAUAAUAUACAUAUUAUAUAUGAAUCUAUAAAGGCAUAUUUUUAGAAAAACAGCGCACCACUGCUUCUUUUGAAAAUAGUCUAAGAAUAAAAUGAAUUUCUACAGA